AUGAUGAGUGAGCUGAAAAGUCUUGGCGUCGGACGCCCUCUACGAUACGUCAGUCGUUUAUCGUAUAGCAACCAAGUUCAACAAGGGAAACGGAAAAUCUAAACAUGUCUGAAGCUGAGGAAACAAUGAAAAGGAUUACCGCCCACAAGGGUGUGGUAGGAACAAUUGUAAUGGACAAUGAUUCAAUCCCUCUCAAGACAACGCUAGAUAAUUCCACCACAGUCCAGUAUUGCCAACAAUACAAGCCUGUGAUUGGCCUGGCGAGGAGCUGUGUACGGGAUAUCGACCCAGUGGACAACCUUGCCUUCCUCCGUGUCCGCACCAAGAGGAAUGAGGUUAUGGUGGCUCCAGGAAAAGAGUGCUCAUUGCUUGUAAUACAGAACCCUUCCGAAUCGUAAUCUGCUUAACCCACCAAAGCUGGAUGAUAAAGGAGAUGAAUGAUGAAAUGUGUUGUUUGAGAAAUAUUCCUCUUCAGUGGCAUGAUCGUGCAUUGAGAGUGGUAUUCUCAUAUCAUCCAUUAAAGGAAUCUCAAGUUCACUUUGACCACAUUUUUUUAGAGUGCCAAUCUUCCACUCAAACACAAAGUACACAAUCAUUUGACCCAGCAGUGAAAAACUAAAAAAAAGUAAUAUUGUAAUGAAAUGAGAAGAUUACCACAUGUUUCUAUGAAUCCUUUGAUGCUUAAUCUUUGUCAUGAAUGUUGAAUGAAGGAUAAGAAUGAUAAAACUUGACUGACAAUCCAUAGAAAUGUGGACUAAAAUUAUUGUCAAUUCUGGAGUAAUAUGACCCUAGGUGUCAAUGAAACACAUGAUCUACUAGUCGUACUAUAUUUUUGAUCUAAUGUUUCUUUGAUAUUUCUUGUUAUUAGCCCCAAAACAAGCCAACUGCAGGUUCAAGAAUUGGGUUGCUCUAUUAACUUUCCUACUAAAUUAACUGCAAGUCGCCCCAAAGUCUCUUUAAAUCCCAAUUCAGAAAGCUAGUUCUCUUUGGACACUGGAGGCUAGUUGUUGGAAAAGGUCAUCAAGACUGAAGCCUUUGGUGAAAUAGACCCAAUCCCACCUCCUGCAAGGCAUGCAGAAUAUGAAGUAAAUCUUUUUUGGAGAACAUUUCAUACUGAUAUAUUUUGUAUAGAGUUUUUUUUAAUUGAGAGUCAAAUAUGUAAUCAAAGACUGAUGCUAGACUUUGCUUUGAAAUAAGAUACAAAAAAAAAUGACAGUAUUACUCAUACAUAAAUGAGUUACAUAAACAUAAUGAUAACAAAAUAAGAAUGAAGCAAUUUAUCUACAGCUAAGCUACAUGUACGAGAUGUGCAAUUAGAUAACAUUCAGGCAUGAUAUUUGUGAUUUUUACGGCUGAUGAACCUUCGUUCAGAUUGUUAAGUUCUUCAUUAUCAUUACUUUACUUGUGGAUUGCCUUUGGAUUCUUUGGAACUUCAUUUGAAAAGUUGAAAAAUUCUUAUCCAUUCUUUCAAAAUAUCUUACUAUUUGUACUAUUUUCAACAUGAGUGCAUUUAUAAAACAUUACAUAUGGACCAAGUUUUAUUUCCAUAUUGAUAAUAAAAUAUAUCCACAAUGUAUCUUGGUCAUUUAGUGGUAUACCACAUUACCAAUCAUAAAUUUCUUACUUGUACAUGUGUAAAUAUUGUGGAUUGUAUUAUAAUAUAUGUACAUUCCUUUGAAAUUGUUAUAUUAUCAAUUGAUGUUUGUUAGGAACGUAAUUGAUACUUCAUAGAAAAAUAUGGUAAAUAUGGAAUACAAAACUUCAUUUGCCACUUCAGAAUUCUGUAGAGAAUGAUGUGCUAACAUGCGGCAACACAAUUUUGAUGUAACUCAGUGUGUGGUAUAUGGUGGCUGUAAAUAGUAUCAAGCUUUUAUCUUCGUGUUCAGUAAAUAAAAGUUUUAGGUAAAAAGUAACUAGACUUUAUUCAGACAUGCCAACCGUUCCCUUUUUAGAGUAUUUGUUCCUCUUUUUUGCUAUAAAUACACCAAUACUUUUUCUGUAUGAUUU